UAGUGCGUAAAAAUUGUGCUAAAUUAAAACCACACACACCAGUUGUUGAAUUUGUGUCUUACUUGCAAUUGUGGAAAGUUCGAAGACCAAAUCACUCGGCUUCAAAUAUAAAUUGUUGCUCAGCUGUACAGUGCUGGCAAAAAAAACAACCGCAAACAACAUUAAUGGGUGCUGUGUACAGCCCCCCAUAGCUUGGACACAUCACUACCAAUUACAACAACAGCGACAAACAGUUACAACAAUUACAAUAGCGGCCAACACGAUGGCAACGUAAUGAAAACGACACAUAAAAGUUGUGUUGCUGCCGCCGUCGCUGCCGCAGAGGCAAGUGGAAAAAUGAAGUCCGUCAUUUUGUAUCCUUAUGGACCGUUAACCGGCGGAACACGCUGCUGUCGCAUGUUACAUGCAAAAAAUUUGGCCAUAACAAGUGCAAUUUACACAAUUAAUAUAUCACUCUUAAUUGUCCUGAUCUACUCGUGGCGCAUCAAUGUCAACAUGCACAAGUCUGGUGAGCUGCAGGAUGUCUACUACGGUGUACAAAUUGCAUAUUUUGCCAUAAUUGGCACACAAAUGUCCAUGAUUUUGCUGAGCAUUGUGUUGAUAUUUGGCAUAUGUCGGGAAAACCCCGGCCUAAUUGUACCCUGGAUAAUCGGUUAUAUCACCUUUAUGGCUUUGGAAGCUGUCGCCAUGGUUUACUCGAAUGUCUUACGCGAUCAUGUGAAUAAGCAGUUCGAUGCCAUGUGCAAGGCAGAGGUGGCCUUUUUCAUAGCUCGCGCAUUUAUCAAUGUGCUGGCCAUGUGGGGAGUGCUGCGCUUUUACAACCUGGUGCGCUCGGGCAUUACCUGGCGCGGCCCCGAGGCCAAGACCACCAUCUUUGCUCCCAUCUACAAGAGCGUCAGCACACACAGCAACCCACAGAAGAGCAAGCGAGCCAAGAACCGUCGCUAUAGUGAUCUAGACAGCGGCUGCUGCGCUAUUUUCGACUUCGACCUGGACGACGAGGAUGAUGAGGACGACGAUGAUGACGCGGUGGGCUACGACUACGAUGACUACUGCGACUAUUACGAUGAGGAUGACGAUGAUGAGCAGGGCCAGCUGCAACAGGAGCAACACGAUGCAGCCGACUGCAGAAUGCUGGGAGCACCAACUCGAUCUCAGAAGGCGCGCCGCUCGCGCACCAACAACAACAUACGCAGCGUGCUGAUCAACAAGCGACACAACAAAUAUAAAAUAUCCCGUCCCCAAACCCAGCUGGAGGUAAUCAAUGAGUCGGAGCGCAGUGCGGGCAGUGGCAGCGAUGAGAACGAUUCUCUGUUGGUGGCCUAUGACAGCAGUUCGUCGCUGGCGUCGGUUUGACAUUGGCCGCCAUGCAUUGGAGUUGCAACAAAUGGAUGUGCCGCUGUGCAGCAGACCGAAGAAGAUGACGACUACAGCGUCAGCAGCGAAAGCAGCAGCAGCAGUAGC